CCCCAGGGGCAUGUGGUAAGGACUACUCACCCAGAAAGUACCCGGGUGCCUGUUUCCCCAGAGCCGUCUGGUGACAGCAGUUGGCUGAGCAUGGCCCUCCCAGCCCUGGGCCUGGACCCCUGGAGCCUCCUGGGCCUUUUCCUCUUCCAACUUCUCCAGCUGCUGCUGCCAACAACGACCGCGGAGGGAGGUGGGCAGGAGCCCGUGCCCAGGGUCAGAUACUGUGCAGGGGAUGGAGGCAGGGCGCUUAGCUUCUUCCACCAGAAGGGCCUCCAGGAUUUCGACACUCUGCUCCUGAGUGGUGAUGGAAAUACUCUCUAUGUGGGGGCUCGAGAGGCCAUUCUGGCCUUGAACAUCCAGGAUCCAGGGGUCCCAAGGCUGAAGAACAUGACAACCUGGCCAGCCAGUGACAGAAAAAAGAGUGAAUGCGCCUUCAAGAAGAAGAGCAAUGAGACACAGUGUUUCAACUUCAUUCGUGUCCUGGUCCUUUUCAAUGCCACCCACCUCUACGCCUGCGGCACCUUCGCCUUCAGCCCUGCUUGUACCUUCAUUGAACUCCAAGAUUCCUACCUGUUGCCCAUCUCAGAGGACAAGGUCAUGGAGGGGAAAGGCCAAAGCCCCUUUGACCCUGCCCACAAGCACACAGCUGUCUUGGUGGAUGGGAUGCUCUAUUCUGGCACCAUGAACAACUUCCUGGGCAGUGAGCCCAUCCUGAUGCGCACGCUGGGAUCCCAGCCGGUCCUCAAGACCGACACCUUCCUCCGCUGGCUGCAUCCGGACGCCGCCUUCGUGGCAGCCAUCCCUUCGACGCAGGUCGUCUACUUCUUCUUCGAGGAGACCGCCAGCGAAUUCGACUUCUUCGAGAAGCUCCACACGUCGCGGGUGGCUCGAGUAUGCAAGAACGACGUGGGCGGCGAGAAGCUGCUGCAGAAGAAGUGGACCACCUUCCUGAAGGCCCAGCUGCUCUGCACCCGGCCGGGACAGCUGCCCUUCAAUGUCAUCCGCCACGCGGUCCUGCUGCCCGCCGAUUCUAACACAGCUGCCCACGUCUACGCAGUCUUCACCUCCCAGUGGCAGGUUGGAGGGACCAGGAGCUCCGCAGUUUGUGCCUUCUCUCUCACUGACAUUGAGCGUGUCUUCAAGGGGAAGUACAAGGAACUGAACAAAGAAACUUCACGCUGGACUACUUACAGGGGCCCUGAGACCAAUCCCCGGCCGGGCAGCUGCUCGGUGGGCCCCUCCUCUGAUAAGGCCUUGACCUUCAUGAAGGACCAUUUCCUGAUGGAUGAGCAGGUGGUGGGGACACCUCUGCUGGUGAAGUCUGGUGUGGAGUACACACAGCUUGCGGUGGAGACAGCCCAGGGCCUUGAUGGGCGCAGCCAUCUAGUCAUGUACCUGGGUACCACCACGGGGUCCCUUCACAAGGCUGUGGUGAGUGGGGACAGCAGUGCUCAUCUGGUGGAAGAGAUCCAGCUGUUCCCCGACCCUGAACCUGUGCGCAACCUGCUGCUGGCCCCCACCCAGGGCGCAGUGUUCGUAGGCUUCUCAGGAGGUGUCUGGAGGGUGCCCCGAGCCAACUGCAGUGUCUAUGAGAGCUGUGUGGACUGUGUCCUUGCCCGCGAUCCCCACUGCGCCUGGGAUCCUCAGUCCCAAAUCUGUCGCCUCCUGUCUUCCCCCAACCUGAACUCCUGGAAGCAGGACAUGGAGCAAGGGAACCCAGGGUGGGCAUGUGCCAAUGGCCCCAUGGGCAGGAGCUUCCGGCCUCAGAGCCGCCCGCAAAUCAUUAAAGAAGUCCUGGCUGUCCCCAGCUCCAUCCUGGAGCUCCCCUGCCCCCACCAAUCAGCCCUGGCCUCUUACCACUGGAGUCGCGGCACAGCCCCAGCCCCAGAAGCCUCUUCCACGGUCUACAACGGCUCCCUCUUGCUGAUACUGCAGGACGGAGUUGGGGGUCUCUAUCAGUGCUGGGCCACUGAGAAUGGCUUCUCAUACCCUGUGGUCUCCUACUGGGUGGACAGCCAGGACCAGACCCUGGCCCUGGAUCCUGAACUGGCAGGCAUUCCCCGGGAGCAUGUGGAGGUCCCUCUGACCAGGCUCAGUGGUGGCACUGCUCUGGCUGCCCAGCGAUCCUAUUGGCCCCACUUUCUCACGGUCACUGUCCUCCUCGCCUUAGUGCUUUCAGGAGCCCUCAUCGUCCUCCUGGCCUCCCCACUGGGGGCACUCCGGGCUCGGGGCAAGGUCCAGGGCUGUGGGACCCUGCCCCCUAUGGAGAAGGCCCCGUUGAGCAGGGAGCAGCACCUCCAGCCGCCCAAGGAACACAGGACCUCUGCCAGUGAUGUGGACGCUGACAGCAACUGCCUGAGUACUGAGGUGGUUUAAACUCUGGGCACAGGCUGGGGCUGCAGGGUAGGGCAGGCACCUGGCCAUGCUGGCUGAGGGCCCCUGGAGCAGUGCAGCCCUGACUAGGGUGGGAGCACAAAAGACCACCUUUCUUCCAUGACAGGAGCUUCUCCUGCCACUCUGCACAACUGGUAGCACUCAGCAGGGUCACCACACAGCCCACCUCCCCUGUGGGACUCCCUUCUAGCAAGCACAUGGGCUCUCCAACAGGGGGCUACCCCGGAACUGCACCUACUCUGCGACAGGAGGACCCGGGGAGAAUCCUUUAGUUCUGGCCAUUCCAGGGACCCUCUAGAAACAUACUGUUCCAGGAGACCCUAAAAAACUUAACUGUUCCAGGACCCUAUGGUAAUAGACACCAAACAUCUAAACAACCGUAAGCUAACUUGCCACUCCUGGACACGCCACUCGGAAGCCACCACCUUGGACAUUCCCCUCUCCCAGGGGUUUCUAGGGUUCUUCAGGGAUCUGCUCCCUCCUGCUCCCCUUACCAGUCAUGCAUUGCAGACUCUCAGGAAGUCUUUCCUGACGUCUGACCACCUUCCUUCUUGCUUCAGCUGGGGCAGAUUGGGAUCCUUUCUGCUCUGGCUAGAAUGACAGGGGUAAUCUGAGCCUCAUUCACUUGUUUCCCCUGGCUGACCCCUUGACCUCUCACCUCUCCCCUUCCCUUUGUUUUGAGAUUCAGAAAACUGCUUGUCACAGACGGUUUAUUUUUUAUUAAAAAGACAAAACUUAUG